GUGUUCUCACGCUAGGCUAUUGUCUGACAUGGUCUCGUGAUAAGAGGUCAUGAGUCACUGAAAGAGCUAUUCCAGUUCUCUGUGUUUCGGUGAUGAUCGAGUGGCGCUGCAAACAACCGGUGAGUCAUUGUCAUCCAUGGCAGCCUGAGGCAGGCAUCAAUGUCGGAGUGUGCCGGAACCCCCGGAUGGAGUCGGAUGUUGCGCUAGUCAGGUGCACAGUACGCUUAGCUAUAUGCGUCCUAGCGUGAUCAGAUAAGAUCAGAUUCAGCGUUGUUGCAGUUCCCCUCACAGUCACCUUCAUCAUCAGACCAUCCGGAGUCUCAUGUGAGGGGAGGAUUCUUGGCGUAGCUUCCUCCUUAACAUAUCCCUUUCCUACAGCUCCAUUCCUGCUUGAAAUAUCUACUCUACAGGCUUGUCCUUUUACAUUCAAAGCGAAGACUCACCAUGAAGGGUCUUGACCGAGGUCUCGCCUUCGUCUCCGCACUAGCUCUGCUCUUCGUCCAGGCUGUAGCGGUCCCCCUCUCAGCUGCCGAAAAUGUCUCCCCCGACCAGACAGUCCUAGGCGACACCUACAACCUUCCCUCGAUCUCUGAGGACAAUGUCGACAUCUUUGAGAAAGACCCAGAGGCAGAAGCUGCACCAUCAUGGUUCACCUCCACCCUCAUGGCCCGCCGACUGCUCGCUCUCUCAACCACCGGUGUAGCCUCCACCAUCUUCUCACACACACCCAAGGAUGUCCACGUCCCAGCCGCCGUGGCCGGCCUGUCCAUCAGCCAGAAAGAAUAUAUCUCAGACUGCGACGAGGCCCUUCCCCCUCCAAGCGGCCACGGCGGCAACGGCGACCCGACCUUCCUCGCCCUUGAAGUCGAAACUACCUUCCGCAACACUGCUGCAGGCUCUAACAUGAGCAUCACCCUCGACUGGUGGGACCAUUUGAACGAGACCGAGCCGCUCUGGCCCGGCUUCCCGCUCAGCCCUGCCGGUCUCCCCCGUGUUACUCUCUUCGGGUACGUCGAGUCCUUCCCGUCCCCUGUUCCGGAGGACACGGAGGCGGCUCUCCGGUCUUGCUAUCUGAAAGCUCACCCCGAUGCACGGGUGUGGCUGCCGGAGCGACCGGGCUCCCCGCACAGGAGCCACUGGGUCCGCAUGGUUGUCAGUCAGGUUUAUUGGAUUGGUGGCUUCGGCGGUUUCCAGCGGAUUGGGUGGAUGAAUGUUACUGAGUGGAAGGGUAUUCGGAGGGAGGAGAGUUUGCCUGGUAUUGGGGAUGGACGCGGUUGGGAGGAUGUGAGGCUUCCCGGGGAGAAGGGGUAUUGAUGGUAUUGAUGGGUGACGUGCGAGCUACUGGUGGCUUUUGCUACUAGAUACACUUAUGAGUGUUCAUAUGGGGGUAAGCAUGAUAGUGGUGUUGGGUGGCAUGAGUAUACGUUACAUGAAUGGACAUGGGCAUAUGGUUUAUACGUUUUCCUUUUUAUGUUACCUGUCCGUUAGGUACAUUAUUAUGGCUGUAGCCUGAAUAUGACGGUUAUAUCACGA